AAUUCAUACCAAAUUCUCUUGUAGCCGAAGCCACCGUGUCCGGUAACGGUACCCCGCUGACCAUACGCAACUGCUCUUUAAUAUUUGCUUCAUCGUAUCCGAAAGUGGUCAUGGCAACCCUCGAAGGCAAAGUAUUCGCAAUUACUGGAGGUGCUAGUGGAAUUGGCCUUGCAACUGCACAGAUACUGUCUAAGCGUGGCGGAAUUGUCUGCGUAGCUGAUGUAGAUCCAAUUGCUAUGGGCAAAGCAGAGGAAUACUUCACCAAUCAGAACGCAUCUUUCACAGUCACCAAGGUCGACAUUUCUAUACGAGAUGAGGUAGAUUCUUGGGUCAACAGCAUCGUUCAGAAGUACGGUAGGCUCGAUGGCGCUGCUAAUGUCGCUGGUAUCAUCGGCAAACACCACGGGGUACGAGAGGUAGCAGACCUUGACGACGAUGAAUGGCAUAAGAUAAUCGCGGUCAACCUAACUGGAACGAUGUACUGUCUGAGAGCCGAGCUGAGAAAGAUCGCCGAUGGUGGUUCUAUUGUGAAUGUUGCCUCUAUCCACGGGCUUCAAGGGUUCGCUAAGCAUGGGGCAUAUGAUGCGAGUAAGCACGGAGUAAUUGGCCUGACGAGAGCCGCGGCAAAGGAAAACGGGCAGCGCGAAGUUCGUGUUAACGCGGUAGCCCCCGGCGCAAUAUAUACCCCUUUAAUGGAAAAGGACUGGGAAAUCCAUAACCGGUCGCCCGAUGCACCGUUCGACGAUACGGCGGCAUUUGGGAGACUAGGGACGGCGGAAGAGUGCGGUAACGUCAUCGCCUUCUUACUGAGCCCCGAGAGCAAGUAUGUAAGCGGGAGUGUGUAUUCCGUCGAUGGCGCAAUGUAGCGUGCAAGCAC